AUGAGUGCGAUAACGCGUGAAGAGCCGAACAAGAACGAGAAUCCUCAAGCGAACGACCAGUCAAUCCUUGGCACGAAUGUAACGUGGAGCUAUUUGCAACAACUGCUGACGACAGCACUAGGAACAACCGCUGAGUUCGGUGCGAACAAACGAAUCGAACCGAUUGGAGUUGGGCAAGGAUUUAUGUCAUCAAUGGGACGUAUCUAUCCGGAUUGGACAAGCCAUAAAGAAACGUUGCCGGAAACUGUUGUUGUAAAAAUACCAUCGGUAGCAUCGGCAAAGAAAUAUAUCGAAUCUACAAACUUGGCCGGUGCUUUGGAGAAAGCGGGAUUCGAGAGGGAAGGAGAAAAACAGUAUAGCGAUUAUGAGAGGAUGAUGAAAACGAUACACAACGUUGAGGUUGCGUUCUACCGUAAGAAUGAAGCGCUCAGCGACACCAGAUUCAAAGUGCCAAAAGCUUACGCUGUGGAGAGUUUUGAGGAAGGCGUUACAAACGGUAUUUUGAUUCUUGAAGAUCUGCGUACGUCACAGGUCGUUCCGAUCUAUGAGAAAGUUUCUGUUGAAGAAGCUGAGCAAGUUAUUGAUGAACUGGUACGCAUUCAUGCCGCUUCGAUUGCCGAUGAAUCGUGGCUUGAACUGAACUCUCUUACAAUCAGAGAACUUCUCAAGAUGACUGACACGGACGGGCAGAAAUUUGUGCAAAUGAUUUUAAUGACUGCCGAGUUGGACACGAAUCGACUAGGCCCGAAAUUCGAAAAACUACGCGAUAUCUGCUCGGAUGCGCUAGAUAUGAAAUCGGCGGAAAACGUCCACAAAGAAAUGGGCUUGAAACCUAUCUUAGUACAUGGUGAUAUGUGGUCGUCGAACGUGAUGUAUACGAAGGAACGACAAAAGGAUGGUUGCAGAAAACUAACUGCGAUUGUAGAUUGGCAAACAAUACAUCAGGGAUGUGCGGCAGAAGAUUUAGCGAGGUAUAUAUGUAGUGCAUUGGAUGGAGCAGAUAGACGAAAACAUUGCAGAAGCUUAUUGAAUCGGUAUUAUACGGAAUUAAACGGACUGCUUGCUGGCAAAGUACCAUUUACGUAUGAACAGCUGUUGGAGAGUUUCGAUCGCUUAUUGCCAUUUCAUCUAACUUUCUUAUUACCUACCCUUGGACCGCUGCUUCUGAAUGGAAUCAAGCAAGCACUACCCGAUCAGUACGAAGAAGUUCGUAGAAGAAUGAUCGAUAAAGCUGAAGCAAUAGUAGAUGAUGCGCUUUAUUACUAUGAAUUGAACAAAAAGACAUACGCAACGAAAUCAGCGAAUUAG